CUCGGUUUCCAUUUUUCCAAAUCACCUCCCGAGACUAGACUAGACUAGAGCAGCAACAUUAAUAUUAAUAUUAAUAUAAGACAAUUAAUCCCCGGGGAAACAAACACCCCCUCCUCAUUCAACGCGCUCUUGUCUCUCUCUCUCUUUCUCUCUCGUAUGAGCCUCUGGUGACAUUUCCUUUUCCCUUUCCCCUUUUUCCUUUUUCCUUUUUCCCUCUUUCGAACCAACUCCCCAUACUCCACAAGCAGGAGCAACUCCUCAGUAGUCGUCGUCGUUAAUGGCGGGGUCCCGCUCCUCGCGCGGCGGAUCCUCGUCGGCGUCGUCGUCGCGCAUCCGCCGCAUAAAGAAGACGUUCAACAACCUGAAGAUCACGGUGCUCUGCGGCUUCGUCACCGUCCUCGUCCUCCGCGGCACCAUCGGCGUCAACCUCGGCAACCCCCCGCAAUCCGACGACGACGCCGCCGCCGCCGCCCACGACGCCCGCGUCGUCGAGGACAUCGACCGCAUCCUCCGCGAGAUCCGCUCCGACGAAGACGACGACGACGAGGGGCGCUUCCCCCCUCCCCUCACCAACUCCACCUCCACCUCCACCUCCGCCUCCCUCGCGAACUCCACUUCCGGCGCCAUUGCCAGCAACUACACCCUCGGCCCGAAGAUCUCGGACUGGGACGCCCAGCGCCGGCUCUGGCUCCGCCGGAACCCUGGCUUCCCCUCCCGAACCCCCGCCGGGAACCCUCGGAUCCUCCUCGUCACCGGAUCCCCGCCCAACCCCUGCGACAACCCCCUGGGCGAUCACUACCUCCUCAAGGCGACUAAGAACAAGAUCGACUACUGCCGCCUCCACGGCAUCGAGAUCGUGUACAACAUGGCGCAUUUGGACCGGGAGCUCGCCGGGUACUGGGCCAAGCUCCCGCUGAUUCGCCGGCUCAUGCUGUCGCACCCGGAGGUGGAGUGGAUCUGGUGGAUGGACAGCGACGCGCUCUUCACCGACAUGGCCUUCGAGAUCCCGCUCUCGCGCUACGGCGCCCACAACCUCGUCAUCCACGGCUACACCGAUCUCCUCUUCGAUCAGCAUUCCUGGAUCGCGCUCAACACCGGGAGCUUCCUCCUCCGCAAUUGCCAGUGGUCGCUGGAUCUCCUCGACGCCUGGGCGCCGAUGGGACCCAAGGGGCCCGUCCGCGACGAGGCCGGGAGGAUCCUCACUGCCAAUUUGAAAGGCCGGCCGGCGUUUGAGGCCGACGACCAAUCGGCCCUCAUUUACCUGCUGCUCAUGCAGAAGGAGAAGUGGGUCGACAAGGUCUUCGUCGAGAAUUCGUACUAUCUCCAUGGCUUCUGGGCCGGCCUCGUGGAUAAGUAUGAAGAGAUGAUGGAGAAGCACCACCCGGGGCUCGGGGAUGAGCGGUGGCCCUUCGUGACCCACUUCGUCGGGUGCAAGCCCUGCGGUAGCUACGGCGAUUAUCCGGUGGAGAGGUGCCUCAAUAGCAUGGAGAGGGCGUUUAAUUUCGCCGACAAUCAGGUGCUUCGGCUCUACGGAUUCGCUCACAAGGGACUAUUGAGCCCUAAGAUCAAGCGGAUCAGGAACCAGACCACAAAGCCUUUGGUGGUGAAGGAGAACUUGAAUCUCGAAUCAAAAAUAUCCACUCGUUGAUUUCUGCUUUUGCCGGAGGUGCCAAACUUCCAUCAUCCAAUUCUGUGUUUCACCGAGUUUAUUACCCUGACCAAAAUAGAAUUGACGGAGGUAAUCCUUGUUUCUUGCAACACCUAUGCUUGAAUUUUUCUGGUGAUUUCUCUGUUCCCAACAUAUGCAGCAUGGUCACCCAUAAAGCUUCUUUCUAUACUUCAAUAACUUUGUUUGAGCAAAUGAAAACGUGAUGACUGUGUAUAGAGAAGUGAAUGGGGACAAAAUCUCGUGUUAUUUCAUUGUAUUAUCCUUUUUUAAUUUUGCCUUAAGAAUAUAGCAAACAUGUGGAUUCCUGUGUAUGAUUGCUUGUAUUAUGCAGAUGUCUUCAAUUUUCUUGUUCCUUCAUAAA